AUGACACUGCUUCCGCCGCGAAACGUUCAGGUCGAACUGAACGAUCGCAGACGUCUGGACUACCGAGUCACCUGGCUACCACCAGCACUUUCGCUCAACGCCGUCCAGGAUAAUGCCCUGACGCGCUACCGCGUAAUGUGGGCCCCGCGGCAGGAGGAACCGGUGGACGCCACCACGUACAACGACAAGGCCGGCUUCAGUCCCAUUUUGGACACCGCCAGAUCAGACGUGCGUGUGGUUGAAAAGAAUCAAACCUGGAUAAUCCUUCCGAGGUUACGGCCAAAGACCUUCUACAUUCUUCGAAUUCAAACCAUCGGUUCUGUCGGCAGGGGGCGCGAAAAGGAGAGCACACCGGUUGUCCACUACUUCAUGACCCAUGACGCCUUCCACACCGACAGACGCAUUUCUCCCCAACUUCAAUCUCUUGAACACUUUUCGCUUCUCUCAAUGAACGCUCGUCUUAUUCGUUGGCCAGGCAGCGGAGCCGGUCCUCGGUCGCUUUUCCGAUCUCAAUUACCCAUAGAACUGGGCCAUAUCCCUGUCUCCAAGGCCAACGUUAUCAUUGACAUAACACAUCCAAAACGGACAUAUCUCCGUGGUCAGGAAAAGGGCCAAUGA